GCCGGGACUCCGAGCACAACACAGCUCGCGCGUCUUUAAGAUCGGGAUCCGCCGCCGCCGCCUCUCCCUGUCCCUGCCUCCGGCGCGUCCCCCUCCUCCUCGCCUCAAACCCUAGCCCGCCCAUGGCGUCGCCGCCGCUGCUACCGUCAGGCCCUUCCUCCUUCUACUCAAGCCAGGGCGUGCUCGCAUCCUUCCCGAACCCGUGGCUCGAAUGGGAGGGAACCGGCCACCGCCUCCUCUCUCCCUACCACUCGCCGCCACCGCCGCAAACCCUAGCCCAUGGCGUCGCCGCCGCCCCCCUCCCAGCCCCCAGCACGCCACCCACCUCGCCUCCGCCCGUCGCGUCGCCUCCUCCGCCUCCUCCUCAGCCCGCGCCCGGCUUCGCCUUCUGCCCGACCGACCGCGAGCUCGUCUCCUUCUACCUCCGCCCAAGAAUCUCCGGCCAGCCCCUCCCGAACGCCGCCAAGCACUACUUCCACGAGGCAGACGUGUACGCCACAGAUCCGGCUUCCCUCGUCGCCGGCCGCCUGCCAGGCCCGGCGAAGGCUCAAGGGGAGAGCAAGAACUGGUACUUCUUCAGCCUCGUGAAGCCCAGGAGCGCCCAGGACAGCCGCAAGUGCCGGAUCGUCGGAGGAGGCAAGGGCACAUGGAAGCAAGAGCGAGGGAACGACGUCGCCGGCGCAGAGGGCCGCGCCAUCGGGCGCCUGGAGAGGUUCACGUACACGCCCAGCCCCAAGGAAGACAAGAAGCCGCCGGAGUGGCUCAUGACGGAGUUCAGCGUCGAUCAGCACGGCGACGGCGGCCAACCGACGCCGGUUCUUUGCCUCUGCAAGAUCUACCAGAGCCCGCGCUUCCUCAAGUCCGCCUCCAAGAACUCCGCGUCCGCGCGCAAGAGGAAGUCCCCCGCGGACGAAUCAUCCGCCGUCAAGCGGCAGCUCCUGUUUCCGGCGCCCCCUCCCCCACCAAUUCCGUUGUUGCCCGUCCUGUUUCCUCCGCCCCCUCCUCCCGCACCAAAUCUGCUGGCCGAAGACGACGUCUGGGCGCACAUUGGUGCGGACCCAGAAUUGAACUUUAGCGUGGAAGAGUUCACCGCUCCCUGGCCCUGCUCAAUGACGGCAGCGGCGCCGUCUCUGCUAGGAUCCGGCCAUGGAAGUCAGUGCGCUUAACAGAGUUCUUGCAUACAACGGCCAUCUCUGAAGAUGUUCCUCUCCUCUACUCCUUGAGUUACCCAAGGGCUGAUAGUGACUCCUCUCAACGGCUGGGAUCUCAGCAACCGCUUUGAUUAAGUCGCUCUAGUUAAACUAGUCAUUACCUUUACUGCUAUUAUGGUUAUUGUUUGCUAAAAUCAAACCCUGGCAUAUUAUACUCUACAGCGUAUACUCCAUGACAAUAUAUCAUGGCUCAGUUUUAGGAGCAAUGUGAUUCUUAAGUUUGAUUUGAUGCCAUCUUGUGUUGCGCAAUGUGAUUCUUAAGUUUGAUUUGAUGCUAUCUUGUGUUGCACAAUGUGGUUCUUAAUUUCUGCAGUAGAUAAUGUGGUUCUUAAGUUUGAUGCUAUCUUGUGUUUUAUCUUUUCUGAAUUUAGCACUGCAACUGAAUCCUUGAAUAUAUGCUGUAUCCUGUUGUUCUCCACAAGCUUUGUUAAUUCUGCAAGAUCUUUGUUCUAGGCUAGAAACAGGCAUAAUUUGCUUACCGGAGAUCUGGAACUACUGUAUGCUGCAGCCGGACUUGAAUGUUCAUCUGUUUUUUGUAAUGCUCCCAGGCGUCUAUGAUUCACCCCUUGUAUAGUUGUACUCCUUCCUUUUUUAACCUGUUCGUUGUUGCAUUACUGCAGAAUGGUCAAGAUUUGUUGCACGAUUGCCGUCGUGAACUGAAGAUGUGCUUUGGCAGCUCACCAUGGCUACUAAGAACUUAAGAUGUGCUUUGGUUACAAAAAAGAUCCUGACACAAUUUUGUGGCUUCUGUUUCUAGAUGGGUUUUGUAGUUUCAGUUGUUUUUACCUGACAAGGCGUUACUUCAACAUAACAUAUACUCCGUAUUUUGUUCUGAGGAUACAGGUGUUGCUCAUCUUUUGAUUUCUGGUCACAUAUUUUUACUUUACAUGCACAGCUGCUAGUAGUUCUCUGCCCUCACCGCGGGCCUAUAAAUUCUUCACCACCUCGGCUCAAACUGCUGAUAUGAUCGUGGGACUUGUUGUUCGUUUUUCUUCUCUGAAGACGAAGUAGUGCUUCAGUUGAGCUCUUGUGUAGCAAUAGUUCAGUAUUCAGCAGCUGUUUCUCCAGCUGACAUGGAUACACAUGCGCCCGGAGGAUCGGGCGGGUUGGGGAGGCCCUGUGAUGGAAACCUCGGGAAUCAUGGAGGGAUUAGUGAUGCUAGCAAGUUGCAGUUGGUUUAGAAGAUUGGGCUGUAAAUUCUUAGACUUAGGAUUGCAGUUAUGUAUGAUGAUGCUACAAUUUUGAUCCUGCUGUAACUGUAAAAGACAAGCGGGAUUGAACUCUCACAUCAAAUGAAAAAACCCGAACAUGACUAAUUUUGAGUUGUAAAUUUUUUUUUUGAA